AUGUCAAAUGACUCUUCUCAGCUCAAGGCUGAGAUACAACGAUACCUGGUAGAAACGGGCAACUACGAAAUCAUUUCCAAUAAAUUGAAUCAAGUGUUACUGCAAGAUGGCUGGAUUGAUCAGGUUAGAGAAAUGAUUUCUUCGGAGAUACGAUCGUCCAAUUCUACGAACUUCACCAGAAUUCUCUCCAAAGUUGAGCCCAAGGCACUAAGUAUGGUUUCUGAGCCGGCUAAAGAUGAAGUGCUCACGCAGAUAGUGGCAUUUCUUGAUGAGAUUGUGGAGAAGGAAUGA